AGGCACUUCAGUUCAUAGACAACUCUCUCUAGAUCUCUCCCUCCCUCCCCAUCUCCCCCCUCCUUCUCUCUAUUUCUCUUUCUCACUUGCAAGCAAAGGUAGCAUAAUGGAGGAACUCCAUGCUGCCUUCUCCUUGAACCCAACUUCCUUACUUCUCUUACUUGUGAUUCUUUUUCAAUUAUGUGUGAUGAUUUUGAAGAUGUACAGAAAAAGAGUGAACCAACAGUGCUACCUGCUGGACUACGUCUGUUACAAGCCAACAGACGACAGGAAGCUCAGCACCGAGCUAUGUGGGGAGAUCAUACAGAGGAACAAGAACCUGGGUAUUGAAGACUUCAAGUUCCUGCUCAAGGUCAUAGUCGGCUCCGGCCUGGGCGAGGAGACCUACGGGCCGAUGGACAUAGUUCAAGGCAAGGAUCUCGACAUGACGAUGCUGAACUCCGGCCUGGAGGAGAUGGACGCUGCCUUCAACCAGACGCUGGACGACCUCUUCAAGCGCACCAACGUCCAGCCGGCCGACGUCGACAUACUCGUGGUGAACGUCUCGAUGCUGUGUACGCAGCCGUCGCUGGCCGCGAGGAUCAUGAAACGCUACAAAAUGCGGGAGGACCUGAAGGUCUUCAACCUCUCCGGCAUGGGCUGCAGCGCCAGCCUCAUCUCCAUAGACCUGGUGCGCAACCUGUUCAAGAACCACGACGAGAAGCUGGCGCUCGUCGUCACCUCGGAGUGCAUCGGACCCAACUGGUAUUCCGGCAGCGAGCGGUCGAUGCUCGUCGCCAACACCCUCUUCCGGUCCGGCUGUUGCUCCAUGCUGCUGACCAACAGGAAGAGCUACCGGGCUCGAUCCAAGCUCCGGCUCAAGGUCCUGGUGCGGACCCACCGCGGCUCCAGCGACGAGGCCUACGGCUGCGCCAUCCAGCAGGAGGACGCCAAGGGGCUGACGGGGUUUUACCUCGGGAAGUGGCUGCCAAAGGCUGCCACCGAGGCGUUCGUCUACAACCUGAGAGACCUGGCUCCCCGGAUACUCCCCGUAAUGGAGCUCGCCCGCUACGUCCUCAAGAGCUACCUGAACAAGAAGACGGACUCGACCCAGGCCAGCGUAGACUUCCGGGUGGCCGUCGACCAUUUCUGCAUCCACCCCGGCGGGUCGGCGGUGAUCAACGCCGUGGGCAAGAGCCUGGGGCUGAGCCAGCACGACCUGGAGCCGUCGAGGAUGACGCUGCACCGGUUCGGCAACACCUCGGCCAGCAGCCUCUGGUACGUGCUGACUUACAUGGAGGCGAAGAAGCGGCUGAAGACCGGCGACACCAUCCUGCAGAUCAGCUUCGGGUCGGGGUUCAAGUGCAACAGCGCCUUCUGGGAGGUGGUGAGGGACUUGGAGGAGAAGGAUGUGUGGGAGGACUGCAUUGACAAGUACCCACCGGAGACGCUGGUGAACCCUUUCCUGGACAGGUAUGGAUGGAUCAAUUCUCCAGAGCCAGGGACGCUGUCAGAGAAGAAGGAGAAAGAACAGGGUCAUUGAUUCCUUUGAGUCUUUGUGGAUGUUGGGUUUCUUGUGAGAGCGAUAGGGGCACAUAGGAAGGCAUAUAAUAAUCAUGUGACCCUAGACAGCUUGCUGGAUCACUCUCUCCAUCUACCUCACCGCCCGUCGGAGUAGCAGGUUGAUCACCGUGUCUUUCGCCUCCCUACCGUUUGGACCUGAUAUCUGAUCAACGUUGUUUUCCUUCCUAUCGUUGAUCCAUCUGACGCUUUCUAGGGUUUCAAUACUUUGACCUAAUAUGGUUUGCAUGAGAAAACUCUGUUUUCUAGAGAACGAUAGAAGGGGGGAAGACGAAGCUGAGCUGCCGGCUGUCGAUCAACUCGUUGGACGACAGUUAGAUGUUGCUGCACCAUUAUUAACAGGCUUGCAAAGACCAAUUGCAGUUGCUUAAGUAAAUGCUGACACAUGCAAGCAUCUCGCUUCAAAAUUUCAUGUUAGAUGCUGUUGCACCAUUAUUAACAUGGUUGGAAAGACCAAUUGCAGUUGCUUAACUAAAUGCGGACACAUGCAGGCUUCCUACUUCAAAAUUUGAUGUGGGUUUCCAACUCAAGUUUUUUAUACAUGGUGUGCCAGUGGAUUAUACUGGUCCACACUGGUCAGAGUUGCCUGUUGAGGGCUGCUAGUUGAUCUCCUUAAUCAGGAGCCACCUCACCAAGUGGUUGGGCCCUUCGAGCUGAAGGUGGUCAAACAUGUUGUGUCUCAACUUAGUUGGUACCAAAACAAAUAAAAAUCAGGUUAUCUAUGGCUAAAUUGUCAUUCCCAGCUGCAUUUUGGGACGUUUCCUUUAUAUUCAAAAUCAUGCAUAAGAUGAAUAAUAUCCUAUGUUUUCGGAUGUCAACAUAUUCUUUUGAUAUCUUUUUUGCUGUUUUACUAGAGUGUCAUGAGUUACUUAUCUAGAAAUGGAAUAAAUAUCUGAUGUUCUAUUA